AUGGGCAAGUCCUUUGGGCUCGACAGUCGCAAGCAUGCGCCUCAAAUGCUCCUAGUCCCAGGUUCCUGGGCAGAGCAGGAGGAGAACCGCCGUUCAUGGUGGGCUGUUCUGCUGCUCGACAGAUAUAUGCAUCUCACCUUUCCUGGUCAUGCUCUGAAUACCGAGGAUCCACAUCAAGACGAGGUUCUACCUGCCGAAGAUACACUGUUCGAUCAAGCAGAAAUGUGUGGCAACGAGCCGCUACACGUCGCAAGUCCAACCUCUCUCAAGGCAGGACCAUUUGCACGCUCCUGUCAAGCAGUAUACUUAAUGGGAAAAGUAGUCAAUGUGCUGAAUGAGUUCGCGCAAGAAUCUGGAACACGUUUUACUUUGGCAAUUCAAGUCUAUCAUACUGUGACCGCUUUCUCCAAGGUCGUUCAGGCUGAAUUUGAUGCCUGUCCCGAAAGUUUCGCAACACCCAUGGCCUUAACCUACAGUGCACUCAUCGCACUCUGUGAUCCAUUCUGUUGUACAAUCACAAAUCGUGGUGCUCACACGGUAGAGGAGACCGAGUUACAGAUAUUGUGUAUCAGGGGCCUGAAGACCACGUCUGAUGAUGCUGCACGUCUCGCGCUUCAGCUACGAUCGAGCAUGACCACCAGGCACAGUGCUAUCUCGCCGUUGAUCGGUCACUGUCUAUACAUGGCCACGGUGACCUUCGCUUGGAGAGUCUACGAGGGCGAAAAGUCAAGUUCUCAAGCCCAUGAUGUGCUAAGAGAGGCAUUGAGUAGCUUCAAUGGUCGGUGGGCUGUAGGCAUGGAGUAUCUGAAUGCUCUCGACAGGGCAAAAGAUCUAUUGUAUCCUAGUCCAGCUCACCAACUUAUCGGAGGCCCACCAGGUCUGAGCUCAUAG